UGAAGAGGCGGGGUUUGACAUCUCAGCUCUCUGAAAACAUCUCUAAUCCAGUAUUUCAGGUGCCGAAAUCUACCAAGCGACCAAUGCGCACUACCGCCGCGCAGCAGCGAACUGCAGCAGACCCGCACCUCUCUAUAAACCGGAAUAUAUCGCAAGUGGACAGAGGCGGCUGCUGUGUACGAAGUGGAAUUUCUGAGAGAAAAGAAAUCCUACAAAAGCCAGUGAGAGAGAGAGAGAGAGAGAGAGAGCGAGAGCGAGAGAGAGAGAGAGAGAGUGAAGUUUCAGCGGCGUAAAGAAAAUACUUUGUUUUGUGGUUGGUGUUUUAGUUUACAGCGCCUGUCUCUGCCUUGAAGUAGCCUACAUUUUAACCAGCUCCCACGGCUUCUCAGUCCCUCCCCCCGAAACUCAAAGCAAAAUACUUCAACUCUUGUUGUGGAGGAUAUUCUCGCACUUCGUGUUAUUUUUCUCUCUGAGGACUGAGAUGGUGAACUAAAUAUGGAGGCAUGCUGAAGAACCAGUUUUGACAAUAAAUCUUCUGUCACCUCUUUGUUGCAAGUGUGUCGAACAAGAGUACUUGAACUGUGUUUGCUGUCCAGCCUGGAUAAACCUUUACUAUGGAUGGACCUCUGAGAGGGACAAUUGACUGCAGCUGAAAUAAUCCUCAAUGGCAUCAGGACCAUGUGACAAAAUUUGCAUCCACAAUCUUUUCUGAAGCUUUGUGCAGAGCCAUCAAGACUACAGGAUGAUUGAGGCAUGUUGCUCUGUAGUCAAAACACAUCUUAUCAGAAGUAUCAGACCACUGAUCAUCAAAGGCUUCCCAAAACAAAGACUUGGAUUGUAAUUUUUUUGUGUUGACUUUUAAUUAUCUUUUUUUUUUGUGUGUGUGGAAAAACCUUUAAGUAUUGGACAAAGUAAAAGGAUCGUCUACAUGAAGUGCAGAAAUGGACUAGAAGCCCAUGUUUAGCAGGGCAGCUGCUGUAGCUCGUGGAAUAACUUAAGCCCAGACUGUUGGGGAGUCACUUCUUCAGGGGCCGAGGGAUCUGAUCCCAGCACCAACCUGCCCCGUCUGACUUUCCCACAUGUCUAAAGGCAGACCCCACUAUCCAAUGGCAUGGGUCAAGUUCUUCAGGAAGCCAGGGGGCAAUCUGGGGAAAUCGUACCAACCGGGGAGCAUGCUCUCUUUGGCACCCACCAAAGGACUGUUGAACGAGCCGGGCCAGAACAGCUGCUUCCUCAACAGUGCUGUGCAGGUAUUAUGGCAGCUGGACAUCUUCAGACGCAGCUUGAGGCAGCUGCCUGGACACUUCUGUCUAGGAGAAUCAUGCAUCUUUUGUGCAUUAAAGGGCAUUUUCUCCCAGUUCCAGCACAGUCGGGAGCGCGCCCUGCCCUCUGACAAUCUGCGUCACGCCUUGGCAGAGACCUUUAAGGACGAGCAGCGCUUCCAGCUGGGCUUCAUGGAUGAUGCCGCAGAGUGCUUUGAGAACAUCCUGGAGAGGAUCCACCUGCACAUUGUGCCUGAGGAGACAGAUGCCUGCACUUCAAAGUCUUGCAUCACACAUCAGAAGUUUGCUAUGUCACUUUAUGAGCAGUCUGUGUGCCGUAGCUGUGGGGCAUCCUCCGACCCACUGCCGUUUACAGAGCUGGUGCAUUAUGUCUCCACCACUGCACUCUGUCAACAGACGCUCCAGGGCAGAGACGAGUCAUUUGGGGAACUGUUACAAGCAGCAAGUACGAUAGGGGACCUUCGUAACUGUCCAAGCAACUGUGGCCAGAAGAUUAGGAUCAGACGGGUCCUCAUGAACUCUCCAGAGAUAGUUACCAUAGGUUUUGUCUGGGACUCUGACCAGUCAGACCUCACAGAAGAUGUUAUCCGCUCACUGGGGCCUCAUCUCAGUCUUUCUGCGCUCUUCUACAGGGUGACCGAUGAGCAUGCCAAAAAGGGAGAGCUACUGCUUGUGGGGAUGAUCUGCUACUCCAGCCGCCACUACUGUGCCUUCGCCUUCCACACAAAGUCCUCCAAAUGGGUCUUCUUUGAUGAUGCCACUGUGAAAGAGAUCGGCUCUAGGUGGAAAGAUGUGGUCAUCAAAUGUAUCAAAGGUCACUUCCAGCCUCUCCUCCUCUUUUAUGCCAACCCCGACGGGAGUGCUAUCCCCGCAGAUGAUGCCUCAAAAAAACCCAGCAGUCAGUCUCACAACAAGACCCCGGUCAAUGGAGAAGUGCAAGGUUUUGAGUCUACAGUUUUAUCCCCCAAGAAGCUGGACCUCACCAGGGAGAAUCUGAACGCUCUGUUGGGCCAAGACUCUUUCAAAGAGAAGACCCCUUCAACCUUCAGCAGGGGCAGCGCUCAGACCAGUGGAGGAAGGGGACCAGUGAAAAUUGGCACCAGCGAUCUCAAGAGUCGCAUCAGGGAGAUUUCUCGAGAAGUUGCCCAAAGAGCUGGAGAGGUGCGUGGGAUGCAUCCAUCCAGAAGAGAGCCUGAUAGGAGCGGCCAACGGAGGCCAGAGUCACGCUACAGAGAUCCAGGUCAGGACAGGACCUACUCCCGCUCCGUCUCCCCUCCAGAGAAUGGCUUCAAACAACACCUGGAAACUCGUCUGUACAGCAGCCAAGGAAAAGGUCCCACACGGACUGAACGAACACCCUACCUUGGUGGACGGUCCUCACAUGAACCCGCUCGCACUCACUCAAGGGUCCAAGUGUUGCCCAGUGUGCCCAUUAUCAGUAGCGGUCAUUACAGCCGGAAAUUAGACCAAGUCUCCAACGGAUAUGAUACUGACAGCAGCCAAGACUCCAGAGAGCGUCCUGGAAGUCGAGGGAACAGCCGCAGCAGGUCCAGCCGCCCCUGGAAGCCCAUGCGUGAGGCCCUAAAUGUGGACAGUGUUGUGAGUGCCGUUAUUAGUGGUAAUUUGGUAAAUCAAGAGCGAAGGCAGCACAGCCCCCGGAGAAGACCUAGCAGUCAGUCGCCCUCCCGUGACCGAGAGCGAGACAGAGAUUUUACAUGGGGAGGCCGAGAAGAACGCAAACCCAAGAGCCUAAUGACCAUCUAUGAGGAUGAGCAGAGGCAUGAAACAGGUGGCAGCCGAAGCUCGCUGGACUCAGAUGACAAGGACAGGUCAAAGGGCUCAGCAACUCUGAAAGUGCGGAAUGACAACUGGAAGAUCCAGCGAACUGAAUCUGGAUAUGAAAGUAGUGACAGACUAAGCAAUGGCUCAGCAAAUCUUGACUCCCCUGUGGUAGAGAGCCUUUCUUCCAAGGACCUGCGGCCCACACCUGAGCUGCAUCUGACGAGGGAUCACUUCCCUCGGAGAAAAAGUGAUGAUUUAAAGGCUGACAUAUUGCACUCUAUAUUUCCCACUGGUGAACUAGGAAGACAAUCUCUGGAUCUACAAGACGCAGCCAACCUCUCUGGUCAGCCAAUACAAAGAAGAAGAGCCUUCCGAUACACUCCCGGGAUCUUGGAAAAGAACAAUGGUCUGGACAACGAGCAAGAGGAAAAUGUGGAUGGCAGCCCUGUGAGCCCCGUGCCUCUUUACUUGGCAAAGACCAGCAGUUCUGAGUGGAACAGCUCAGAUGACCUCACUGGACCUUUCUCUGAACAAGAAGAGUCUGCCACUCUUGCCCACAUAGACCCUUUCUCGCACAACUAUCCCCCACCUUUACCCCCGAAGACCUUUGGCAACAGUCCCGCUGACCCAUCUGGUGUCCACUCCCAACCGCCGGAGGUGCCAACACGGUCGAGCCCCCGCAAUGAACCCAAAAAUGGCGUGUCCUCACUCUCGCACACCACCCUCCGUCGGUGGAUUGAGACACCUGCCGAGCACAGGCUUUCAUCGGAUGCCAGCUCCAAGUCGGGGUCAUCGGACCAGGACAGGAACGAUCUGUCGGCCAGCGAGAGCGACGAGAGGUUACCCAGUCCAAAGCCUGGACACGAUGACGGUCCAGACUCCCCUUAUCUGACAGAUAUGGUUCUUCCCACCACUUACUUUUCUGUGGAUAGCUGUAUGACUGACACUUACCGGGCCAAAUACCAUAAGAAGCCUGCUUUUUACAUGAAAGCAGAGGACCAUACGUCAUCAGGGGAGAGUGAUGUCGAAGGAAGGCUCCCUUUGCCAGAUGCUCAGCCACCAGAGAUUUCCAAAAGCAGAUCAGAAUCAGUCUUUGGCUUUUGUCUUGCAGGUUAUUCUACUACAAAGACUACUGCAAAGUGGAACCCAGUUACUUCAAAAGGACUUGAUGAGCAUGGUUUCCUAUGAUUUUAGCAAAAGCAUCAAAAAACUUAAACCAGUUACUGGUUGCCAAAAGAAAUUGCUAUGCACUAUGACUGCUACGCAGUUUUACUCCUAACUGGGAUGUGUUUUAGUUCAUAUACUUUUCAUAACAGAAAGUUGGACAUGAAACUGGAUGCCAAAGAGAUUGUAAAAAGAAUGGCAGGUGUCCUUAAAAGCUAUCUUGGUGGUAUGAACUGCUCAAAGCUUUGAAUGAAUAGUGAAUUUGCACAGAGAACCAGAAAGGUACAGUAAGAUGUAAAAAACAUGCCUAAAAUAUUUUGCUGUUGAUCGUGUUUGGACUUUUGGAGCUCAAAAGCAAAGCGUUAGGUCAGUAAAGAAUGUGUCACAAAAAAGCCACUUUACCACUCAAGAGAUAAAAAGAUUUAUUUUACAUGAAGAAGUAACAAAUUUCUUGCAGUUCUACUUUCUCUAACUAUUGAAUGCUUUUGUUUGUUUGAUUACUCCCAUCUCAGUGUUAUGAGGUGUCUGCCCCAAUUCUAUCUCUCUUUGACAUAUUAUACCUUCCUUUUGAAGAACACAAAACAUGUUUUUUUUGUUGUAUAUUUUGAAAAGUAAUUCAACAUCUUGGGCACUCUUUUGACACGACUUAAAAAUGGAUCCCAAGGAUCUGUGUAAAUACGAAGCUGCAGGACACCCACACAGGUUUUUGGCUGAUGAGGCCUUUUCGCAGGACUGUUAGGUGCGAAAACUUACAACCUCUGAUUCUUGUUGGUACAUUAAGUUUAUUGAGCUCUGCAAAUAACAUGCAUAGUUCUUUCUUUUGUCUCUCCUUUCGUCAAACUUCAACCAGAGGAGGUCUAAUAUACCAGAAUAUCUCUGACCAUUAGUAGGUGUCCAGGGGCUAUACUAUUACAGGGAAAUGGGUAAAUAUGUUAAUUUGAUUGCUUAUUGGUAGAAAAGUACGUGGCACAGUAGCUUGAGGCACAUCCCUAUCUCCUCACAUGCACACCUUCACACAUCCUUUACAGUUUUAUUUCUUUGCACUGUAUUUCUGGUCAAUUGUUUUUCUUUUCACACUCCGUACAGUUAUAAGCUUAAUUUUUUUUUGUCUUUAACCGUAUCAAUUAUUCAGUUGUCGAUCAUGUUUCUUUAAAAAAUAGCUCAUAUUAGCAGCAGGUCCGCACUGGUAGGACAUGGACAUGUGAAAUUGUCAUCUAGAGAUAGACAAGGCAUUUGUUUUUUGAGAGGGAUUAUUAAUAACAUGUUGUAAAUCUGAGUAGUGUACUAUUUUUUAUUUUUUUUGGUUUAAAUUGUUUUAUAUAUGCAGCAGACUCUAAUGCACAGUGCCUUUUGUAUUUUUCUAUGUCAUGACCAGAUUAAAUUGGAGCCAUGAUUUGUACAAUUCUUUGAUUUUAAAGAAUUUUUGUAACAUCUAAUUUUAUUUUAAUUGAUUAAUAAUUGUUAAAUAAACAAUUUUAUUCAGGC